AUGGGGCUACGUGCAGCUUCACUGUUCAUCAUCACGUCUUUCUUCCUGUCUGUUGUCUUGGGUGUCCCAUUGCCACGCACACAGCAGUCUCUUUGUAGAUUGUGCCUUCGAUUUACUGAGAAGUUAGUUAAUGGUAUUCAAAGCAACAAGACGUAUGAAGAUGUCAGACCGGAAGUUAUUGAUCUCUGUGCCAAGAUACUGAAUGCUGAAGGUUAUCGAGGUCGAGUAUUGUGUCCAGGUGUGAUGGACUCGUAUGGGCCACCCUCAUUCUACAUUUUGUCAGAAUUAUUGCUACCUCCUCGUGAAAUCUGUGAACGGCUAGAGUUCUGUAGAAAACAUACUAAUGAUCACGUGAUUAAUCAAGUGAAUCACGUGAUUUCUGAUAUUUUGAAUGCAGAGUGGAGACACAGCAAUCACAAUAUAAACUAUCGACGCUUACAGCCGAUCAGAAUACUACAACUGACCGACAUUCAUUUGGAUCACAAAUACAAAGUCGGAACUCCUGUUGACUGUGGGAUGUUCACAUGUUGCCAUGAGGGCAUGAACGGCUCUGGCAAGGCUGGACAAUACGGAGACUAUGCAUGUGAUCUUCCCAUUGCUACACUCGAUCUUCUUACUGACCAUUUGCAGCAGCUUAACCCACAGCCUGAUAUUAUUGUGUACACGGGUGAUAACCCACCACACGACAACUGGGAAGAGAGCUGGCAGAGUCAGACAAACUCAACAAAUUUUCUUGUUAAAUAUCUUUCUACCAAGUUGCCUAAUCAAACUAUUUAUCCAGCGAUGGGAAAUCACGAAACGUUUCCUGAGAGUUUUUAUUAUCCGCCGAGAUAUCGGAAUCUGACUGAUGCUCUUGCGGAGUUUUGGCAGCGUUGGGUUGAGCUGCCAGAGAAUGCACUGCAGACAAUAAGAGCUGGUGGGUUCUACACUAUGUUGAUCAGACCGGGACUCAGACUGAUGUCUAUUAAUACGGAUUUUGGGUAUUUGUUUAAUUUCUAUACUCUUCUAAACGACAAAACUCCUGAGUUCUUUAGCCAACAAAAAUGGAUGGAGGAAACACUCGCAUUGUCAGUCAGAAAUGGAGAGAAAGUCAUCAUAAUUGGUCACAUUGCACCUGGACAUCAAUCAUCAAUCACAUCAUAUGGAGAUUUUUAUGUUCCCGUUGUUGCCAAAUAUAGAGACAUCAUAGUUGGACAGUUUUUUGGGCAUUCACAUGACGAUCAAUUUGAAGUGAUUCAUCUAAAUGGAAAUGCAGCUGGAGUUGUGUACAUUGCACCAUCAGUAACACCACGUACAGACAUCAAUCCUUCAUAUCGUGUCUACAUGAUGGAUCCAAUGACAUUCCAUCUCAUCGACUACAAGCAAUAUCAUAUGAAUCUAACAGAAGCAAAUAUCCUUGCAGAGCAAAACCGAACCGAUGAGAUAAAAUGGAAACUGGCCUACACAGCAAGAGAGGAAUAUGACUUGCCAGAUUUUACACCAAACUCAUGGUGGAAUUUAACUGAAAGGUUUAAACACAAUUCAUCGCUGCUGUUGCAAUAUUGGAAACACAAGUAUGCUGACAGCAAUGUCCAUCAUACAUGUGACAAGUCAUGCAGACGAGAUCUUAUCUGCUCCACAAGAAGUGCCUCCAAGACACAAUUGAAUGAAUGCACUUUGUAGUUUUUGUUAUUUAUAUCUCUUGUGCACCUUUAAUUAAUACCUACUGAUAAUUGGUUAAAAUAGCCACGUGAUAACCUAUGUCUAGUUCCCGGAUAACAAUAGUAAUUAAUACCUAUCGGUAAUUGGUUAAAAUAGCCACGUGAUAAUCUAUGUCUAGUUCCCGGAUAACAAUAGUAACACCAACACAUUAGUGAUUAUUAUCUA